AUGCCAAUUGAUCCGGUACGCACGGCGGCUCCGGAAAUCACGAACAACACCGAGGACGAGCUGGCCGGUAACGCCGAGCCGGGUGCGGUGAUCGUAAUCACCGAUCCGGUCAGCGACAGCGUGACCAGCACGGUGGCGGACGCGGACGGCCACUGGAGCAUCCAGCCGAAUCCGGCGGGCUUGGACGCCAAAGACGUCGUGCCCAUAGACUUCAUUGUUCUAUCCCCGGUGGUAGAGGUUUUGAUUCAGUACUGGUCGGACCAGUUCAAUUCGGAUAUCACUCGCGAAUGCAGAAAACACAUGGUACUGGAUGUAUUCAGAACUGAGCAUCCAUGUAUGAAUAUUAAAAUAUCUGUGCCAAAACCAUAA